AUGGCCGAGGAAAGCACUGCUGCUAGAAGUGUAACGGACAUUAAUAAUUCUCUACAAGAGGUGCUGAAGACUACCCUUCUCCAUGAUGGCCUAGCACAUGGAAUUCACGAAGCUGCCAAAGCCUUAGACAAGCACCAAACCCAUCUUUGUGUGCUUGCAUCCAACUAUGAUGAGCUAAUGUCUGUUAGGCUGGUGGAAGCCCUUUGUGCUGGGCACCCAAUCAACCUAAUUAAGGUCAAUGACAACCAGAAACUAGGGGAAUGGGUAGGCCUCUGUAAAACUGACAGAGAGGGAAAACCCCACAAAGUGGUUGGUUGCAGCAGUGUGGUAGUUAAGUGA